AUGCGAAAUUCAAACGUUUCGUUUUACAUAGACUCCCCUCAUUCUCGCCCUCCCUCUAAUUCUAUUCCCACUAUUCAGCUGAGCAAAGACUCUUCAUCAGCUCGUUAUGAACCAUUUACACCUUCUCCCCUCUCUCAUACCACCCUCCCUCACGUUCCUCCUCCUCCCUCUACCUCUAAAUCGCACUCCAACCUUUCUACCAUUCAAUCAGCGCUUGCUCGUACCUCCGACUACCCUCAUCACUCAAAUCCUCUCCUCGAGCCCUCGACUACUCCAAUUCCACACACAAAAUCCUCCCCUAAUAUUCUCUCACAGCACACUUCAUCCUCUCGCUCCCACCACAAUUCCUCAAAGUCUGAAGAUGGUGAUGAAUCUGAGUCCAGAAAUUCAUCUUCUAGUGCUUCUGUUCAUAGUUCAUCAAAUCUUCCCCGAUCUUCUCAUUUGCAAUCUUCUGGUCAUUCCCAGCAUCCUCGUUUUAUAUGUCCUGAACCGGUUUCGAACCUGCAGCAGGAUGAAAGGCUUUUUCUUCAUGAGCCAUCGACCCAACAGCCUUCCAGAGCCCCUCAUGGCCAGUCUGAUUCCUCCGUUUCAUCUCCACGUCCUAAUGCUUUACCGGAAUACAGGACCAUGCAAUCAGAAAAAGACCCUUCUCUAGAUCUUCCAAAGCAGCCAGCAAAACUAUCUAAGAAGCGUUUUAAACAGCUUUGGCGCCGAUGCAAACAGCCUUCUACUUGGAAGGUUCCUUCGUGCAUUCAAUGGAUUCCCAAAAAUUUAACUCGAAAGGGGAUUAAACCUGUAAUUCGUUCAUCAAUUAAUACUUGGAUAGCUUUCCUUCUUCUCAUAUGUGACCAUACUAAUAAGACUUUUGGUAUGGCUAGUUUCUUUGCCGUAAUUACUUCUAUGCUGGUACCUGCUAUGGAACCGAUAGCUCCUAUGCUAUGGAAGUGUACCUUUCAAUUUCUACUACUAUUUACCACUUAUGCUUGGACUGUCUUGGCAUCUAAACUUGCUGCCGUCUCUCGUGGCUCUCCAUCCAAAGAAAAAUGCUUACAAGAUGCCAUCGCUGAUGGAUUUCGCUGUAGUGAUCCUAGCCAAGGAAUGCAAAAAUGCUUAACAGAAGCAAUUUUUCAAAGUUAUUUUGUUCGUCCUCUACCUUCUAUUAUAUGGGCCCUUUUCGAAUUUGUCGCUUGUGCUGUGUUAAUUCGUAUCAAGAUGAAGUAUAAACCAUUAAAUUUCCCGUGUGUCUUUGGAAUUAUCUGUGCUGCAAUAAGCGCAAAUUAUGGACCAAUGUAUCCUUACUUUUAUCCUAAUGUUGGUUUAUUUUUCAUUAUCCCUAAUUGUGUACAAACCGCCAUUACUGUCGGCUGCACACUCUUUAUACUUCCUGAGACAUGCAAUUUUUCAUACAAUUCUAUGUUGUGUACUGUUACAGAAAAUACAAGAAAAUAUAUGCAAAAACAAAUAGAAAUGUUAUCCCAUUCUCCUACUUCCGAGGGUUGGAAAUCAUUUGCUUCUACAUUGGAAAAGGAUGUUGCUGAUUUGAAAAGCCUAUUAACUAAAAUGAAAUCAAAUGAAGUCUUCUUGGAUACUGAAUUCUCUUAUGGUCGUUUGAAGGGUCAAGAUUUGGUAUCCUUGCAAAGACUUUUUAGGAAAACAAUUCUUCGUCUGUCUUCUUUUUCUUAUUUCUGUAAGCUUAUUGAGCAUAAUAUGCAAAUUUAUGACGAGGAUACAAUGGAACAAGCUGAAAAAGCAACCCUACAUUCUAGAGUUGGGACACCAGCGCCUUCUAUGCGAUCUGCCUCGCCAAAUCGAGCUGCUUUAGAAAUCAAUCAGCUUUGGUCUCCAACUCAUCGCCGUACAGUUUCAAGCCAGACGGAACAAGAGAGAGGUCGAGUUGCAUCAGCAAGUCAGUUAGUAGUACCUACAGAGGAUAAUGUGAGAACGAUCGAAUCUGCCAUUCCGUACAAUUCCUCGUCAGCAUCUUUAGAUGAUGGUAAUACUCCUCACCGUCAUAAUCGAACGCGUUCUGCAAUAACUAUAGCAGCUGGUAAUCUUCACAGCCAUCAAAGGAGUCGUCAAAGUUCGAUGGGCUCUAAAAGUCACCGAAGUCGUAGUCGUUUGCGAGGAGCAUUUGGAAAGAUUAUCAAGCAAACCAAAAAGUCGUAUAAGCCAGUAGGAAUGUUAGAAGCUCAACAUUACCUAGCUUUGGAAAAUAGAUUGCCAUAUAAUCGACCUCAAUUUCUUGACUCACUACUUUCUGUUUUAAAGUCGUCAUCUGUGGAUUUAUUUGACCAAACGAUUUAUGCUUUGGAUGCUUUGGAUGCUUGGCUAAACGAAGCUAAUCAUGAUCGAUUUAAGCAUAUUUUUUCUAAAAAAAAUCAGAAAGAAGCUAGCGAAAGUCGUCUUCAACUUAUAAAGUUACAUUACGAUCAUUUGUCUGAGGCCCUUUCUGAUUUUGAAAAGGAGAAAUGUUUUGAAGCUCGAAAACCUUACGAGCCAUUAUUCCAAAAUGCGGACACGGAAGCCUUUUAUAUGCAUUCUUUAAGGUCGCUUUUUGUGGUUUAUUAUUACGAAUCUCAUUUAAUGCAGGCCGUGCGAGGUGUUCUGCAGAUUUUAAAUACUGUCAUCGAAUUAGAAGGUAAACGUUCACGUCGGCGCUUAUGGUGGCCUCUGAGGACUCUGAGAGCCAGUUUGUAUUCUCAGCUCUCCGGACAUGAUGACUUCCAUGACGAUGUCGAAGAUGUCGAAAAGGAUCUCAAGGAGUCAAGCACGCAAGCUCGUAAUCCAGAUGCUGACAGCCCAUCCAAUUUGUACCAUGUCAUAGGUUUACAUACAAUGCGUUUGUUGAAAUCUGUGUUUAGACCCAUGAACGUUUUUGUUUUGAAAGUUGGAGCACUAGCAGUAAUAUGUACAAUCCCUGCUUUCGUUAGAAAUUCAGCUCGUUGGUAUUACUAUAAUAGAGGAUUAUGGGCUGUAAUUCUGGCUACGAUGAGUAUGCAACGUUAUACUGCUGAUACUGUUUACGGAUACCUCAUGAGAGUUGUUGGCACUUUUUUUGGUACUGUUGUGGGUAUGAUCAUAUGGUAUACAGGUAACGGACAUGGCCUAGGAAAUGCCUACGGGUUAGCUGUGGUUUUAGCAGCCAUGCUCCCAUUUGUCUUGUUUGUUAGAGUCCAUCUAAUAAUCUUAACCCCAAUGCCAUCAGUUAUUUUUUCAGUUACAGUAGCUCUUGUUGUUAGCUACUCUUGGAAAGCAUAUCACGAGCCUGGAAUUGUAACAUUCGGAGUUGGUUGGGACGUUGCCUAUCGUAGGUUCUUGGUUGUUCUGGCCGGAAUUACAGUUGCUUUUAUUUUUUCCUUCUUACCCAAACCUCUUACUGCAAGAUAUGCUGUUCGAAAAAGUAUUGGAAAUAGCCUUAUCGAACUUGGAGCACUUCAUUGCGAAAUUUCAAAUUUUUCGCGAAGAGUAAACCAUGAGCAUAUUGACACAGAAAUCCAAAGCAAGAUAUUAAACCUAACUCAGACAGUCCGAGGUUUGAAGGAUAGAUUAUCUAUGGUAAGUUAUGAACCUUCCGUAGUAGGAAAAUGGCCAAUGGAAAAAUAUGAAGCUCUCUGUGAAACCGAACUAUCGUUGUUGAAUUUACUUAAUUCGUUAAUGACGACCUUUACAACCCUCGACGACGAGUGGAUGUAUGCGUUAUUAAGAAGGAUCGGUUGGUUUGAUCAUAAGUUUAUAGCUGAUCAAAUGGCUGUUCUUUAUAUGUCUUCAAAUGCCCUACAAACUGGUAAUCCUUUACCUCAGAUUGUUCCUGCUCCUUUAGUAGACCGGUUUUUCAGUAAAAGUGGCGAUGUUUUCUUGCCCCCUGUUUUCAACGAUACCCAGUUUCAAGAACAGAAGGGGCUAAGCUAUGAUAUGCUAAGUAAUAUGAACUACCUAAAUUUUGCAGUCGGUUGUACCAUUGCAUAUGCAAUUGUCAAUCAGAUCGAUCGAAUUAUGUUUGUUACGAAAUCUUUAUGUGGUGAAAUAUACGAUAUGGAUGAAUGGCCUUUCUUAAUGGAGGAUGAAUACGGCUUCUUAAAGAAAGAACCUGAAGUCGCUGAACAGCAACGACGGAUGCACGAUAUGAUUUAA